AUGAUAGGUCAGCUAUUAAAUGUUGCAAAGAAAAGUUUUACUUAUAUAAUUGGUAAACGUGGAGAUUUGGUUUGUGUGAAAGAUAUACAUAAGAACAGAAUAAAAAAUGAAAUAGAACAGCUUAGAUCUAAUCAAUGCCCUCUAAGUAAUUGUGAAAUUAUUGGAUAUAAUGGGCAAGGAUCAUUAAAUUGUCAUUAUCAUGUACAUAAAGUAAUAAUGGAUGAUGCACAAAAUACAUCUAUACGUAAUCACUGGAUAUUAAUUGAUAUAUCAAUAGUAUUAGAAAAAGUGGAGAAAUUUCAAGAUAAUAGGGUUAAUGUAGAGAUUUUAUUAUAUAAAGAUUUUCCUUUUAGCCCUCCUGAUAUAAUUUUUCCGAAAACAUUUUGUUUUCCAAGUUUAAGUGAUGGUAGAAGUUACAUAUCUGAUAUAUUACAUUAUGAAUGGUCUCCUAGUAUUACUUUAUUAUCAUUAAUUAAUAAGAUUCAGGAUUUUUUAUUAGAUUACCAUUCAUAUACUGAAUGUAUUGGAUAUAGUGAUAUAUAUAUUGGUAGUUAUAGAAGUGUUUUAUGUUUUAAUUAUCAAUGCACAGAUUCAGUUAUAUAUCCAAUUUAUGGUUUCCAAUUAGACAUAAAUCCUGAAACUUAUAAGAACUGUAUAUCUAGAAAGAUUCAGAAACUUAAUAUUAAUAUUUGUAAAAAAUCAACUUUGAGAAUAACUGAUAGAUUAUAUAAUUCUUUUCUACCAAUACCAUUAAAUAAAUAUGGUAUUACAAGACAAUCAUCUACAUGGCGAUUAGAUGAAUCAAGUUUAAUUGUAGACUUAGUAUUUAGUAGAACAAACAUAAUGAUAUGUGAUUCUACAUUAACAAUUGUAGAAUCAGGUAUUAAUAAUAUUACUAAUAGUUCUACAAGUUCUUAUUCAGAGUCUACAUCUCUGCAAGGUUCUAUAAUACUUUGGAUGUAUAUAUCGGCUAUAACACAUAUAAUAGAUCACACUGGAAAAUUACUUUGGGGAUAUCAUGGUACAGUACCACAAUUGAUAAACGAUAAAAUUAGUAGUUCAUUAUUAGAAGGUUGUUGUAUACUAGUAAUAAGUUAUGAUCCAAGUUUUGAUAAAUCUGCAAUUACACUUUUUAAAUCUAAUGAAAUUAUUCAAAUUCCUAAGAUGAAUACAAAUCCUACUAUUUUACAAUUGAAGUUCCAUAAUAAUAAGAGUGAACAUGAACAAAAUUGUUGUUUAUCCUUUAUGAAUGCAAUUAUAACUAAGAUAUCUAAGCUUGGGAAUAAUUUCCCAAAUAUUUAUAAUUCAAAUUGGGAUACAGAUUUUCAAAUUGAAUACUUAACAAAUCUCGUUAAAACAUAUGAAUCAUGUAUAUUAGAUAGUAAUAUCAUAGAUAAGAAUUCAAGCCAUAUGUUACCAUGUAUUAUAUAUAGAUGGCUGGUAUUAAGUUCAAAGUUAGUUGAAAUUUUGGCCCAUUUAGAAGAAGAUCAAGAUAAUAAUAAAAAUGAAAUAGAGGAAUUAGUUACACAAGAACAUGAAGAUAAUAGGAAAACAAUUGAAUUAUUGAAAUCUCAACAAUUAGUAAGUAGAAUGCAACAAAUUCUAGUAAAUCCAAUUGUAAAGAAUAUACUAAAUAAAGUUUCUAAAAAUAAUGUCACUGUAAUAGAUAAAUGUAGCCAAGAAGAUAUGAGAUAUGAUCAAAAAAGUGAAGAUGAUAUUAAGCAUAUAGAUGAUGGGAUAAAUAUAAAAUAUUCAGAUGAAUAUAAAGAUAAUGAAGAUAUUAAAGAUAACGAUGAUAUUAAAAAUAACAAGGAUAUUAAAGAUAAUAACGAUAUUAAAGAUAACGAUAAAUUUGAUAAUUAUACCUUAAAUAAUUCAAUAUAUAGUGAAAAUUUUACUGAUAAACAAUUAAAUAUAAUCGAUAAUCAAUUAAAUGCAAUUGAUAGAGAUCAUUCUGAAGAUUCUUAUUCAACAUAA